AUGUCGAAAAACUGGCGGCAUUAUAACAAGAAAUUAAAGAAAGAAGACGCAAAGGGUACGCGAAGUAUCCUUGAUUUAUUGAAGAAAAGUGUUGACAAAGACGAAGCUAGUCAGACUAGUAGCAGUGCAGUUCAAGCCCCCAUCAGUAAUCAGUGUUCAGUUACGGCAGAGGGUGAUCCUAACUCGGCAACUUGUGAAAAUGACACCACUGAUGACAGCCCACAUGUUGCAGCAGAGGGUGAGAAUUUCGACGACGUGAUCCGGUUUCUUGGGAGAACAUGUGAUCCUGAAAUACAGCAAGUGCUAGAUGACAGCAGCGUUACGUACUUGUCAAGCACCUCUGUAUCUGAGCUCAUAUCCGUUCUGAGUGAUUACAUCGAACAUAAAGUUCUUGGCAGUUUGCGGUCAGAAAAAUUCACCUUGUUGGCUGAUGAAAGUACAGAUACCACAAACAGAACACAGCUCUCGAUAUUUGUGAGGUGGGUCUCAAAGCUUGGAAUUGUGGAAGAAUAUUUGGGACUCAUUCAUGUCACCAACACAACAAGCCUGGCACUAAUGGAGGCAAUUACAACAUUUUUCAUUGCGAAAAACAUAGAUUUAUCCAAUGUGCGCUUUGUGGGCCUUGAUGGAUGCAACACAAUGAAAGGGGAACAGAAAGGACUCCAGCGCAGAGUUCGUCAUAUCAGCCCCCUGUCCAUCUACAUCAAUUGCCGGAACCACAAGCUGGCACUCUGUUUUGUCCACCUGCUGAAGAACAACACUACCCUUGCCGAGGUUGACGUACUGCUGCUAUCCAUUUGGAAAUGUUUCCACUACUCUCCUAAAAAAGCAGCCGUGUUCCGCCAUAUCCAGGAAGUCUAUGGCCAGAGACCAAUUACUUUCAUAAGAGCGGCAGCUACCAGAAAGGACCUGGUUGCAAUGAUUCUUGUGCUCUCAGAUAUUCUGAAGCCAGUAAACAUGUUGUCCUUGUACUUGCUAGGGGACUGUGGCGUUUUUGCAGAUCUUCCAGCAAAGGUCCAAGGCUGUAGAGAGCAUUUGGAAGAUGUGAUACAGCGGUACCAGCAAGGAAAUUUGCAGGAUUUGGAGUACAGGAAGUGUGAAGAGAUGUUCUUCACCAUCGAUGAGCGCGCCAGUCUAACCAGGAGAAUGAGGCAUGCUGAUCAUGAACUCACACCAGAUGUCAGUCUGAAAUUAGUAUUGCCACAAAUUAAGAGACAAAAUAAUCCUUUCAGCUGCACUUCAGACGAUUGGAAUAUCCCACUUGUUCGCAGCCUGAUACAGGAGUUUGAGGACGCCUUCUCAACACCUGAUUUGGUCUUAACAGCAUUUGGAUUCUUGAAUCCCGUCAACCUGCCAGACGAGAUUGGUGAACUUAGGGACUAUGGGAAGGAAGGACAUGACACAAUGGAGAAACUCUUCAUGAAGCUCGAAAAAGACGAGGCUGUCAAGAGAGCCUUCCCUGCCAUCCAGCCAAUCUACAAGCUGGGCCUGCUUAUCCCACAGUUAACUGCAUUGGUUGAAAGGGGAUUUUCCCUCAUGAACAAUAUAGCCACAGUUGACAGGACAAUGCUUCAGGGCACAUUAGAUUCUCUUAUGAGAAUAAGCUACUACCAGUCAAGGCAUGCCUUAACUGAGGAAAACUUUGGUGACAUUGUUAAACUGUUCUUCUCCAAGAGGAACAGGGUUUUGAGCAUUGAAUGA